CGACGACGACGAGGAGGGGGGGGGCCGGGCUCCCCGGGCUCCCCGGGACACGGCCGGGAGAUGGAGCGGCCUUAGGGGGGCAGACCGUAACUUCAUAGCCAAUAUGACAUCAUCUUCCACAUCUGCGCAGUAUCCACCCUCUGAAAAUGCUUGCAGUAUCACACCGGGACAAGUUAAUCAGGUACGGCCAAAAUUGCCACUUCUGAAGAUUUUGCAGGCAGCUGGAGCACAAGGUGAAAUCUUCACAGUGAAGGAGGUCAUGCAUUUUCUGGGUCAAUAUAUAAUGGUGAAGCAGCUCUAUGAUCAGCAGGCCCAACACAUGGUGCAUUGUGGAGGGGAUCUUCUGGGAGAGCUAUUGGGACUUCAGAGCUUCUCCGUGAAAGAUCCAAGCCCUCUUUAUGAAAUGCUGAGAAAAAACCUGGUCUCUACCACUGUUCCAGAUGCCGCACAGACUCUCGCACAGGAACAGAGCAUGGAUAUUCCCAGCCAAGACCAACUGAAGAAUGCGGAGGAAAGUGCCAGCCCUAGGAAAAGGACAGAAGAAGGUGAUGUUGCCGUCCCCCUGUCUACCUCACAGCGCAAGCGCAGAAGCCCUGAAGAAGAUGAAGAUUCAAUAGAAAAUGUGUCACAGAGCAAGCAACCAAAACUGGACCUGGUAUUUGAGGAGUGGGAUGUAGCCGGGCUCCCUUGGUGGUUCAUAGGAAAUCUGAGAAACAAUUACACGCCUAGAAGUAAUGGCUCCACUGACCUGCAAACAAAUCAGGAUAUAGAUACUGCCAUCGUUUCAGACACUACAGAUGACUUAUGGUUCUUGAACGAAUCGGGAUCAGAACAGUUAAAUGUGGCAAAAGUCGAAGCUGCUGACCAACCUGAUCAAACUAGUGAAGAAGGAGGGGGGAAAGAGAAUGACAAAAAGGUGAUUGAAGUUAAAAUUUAUGAUGACCUUGAGGACUCCCAAUGCCUAAGCGAUGACACUGAUACAGAGGUUGCCUCUGAGGAUGGGUGGCGGUGUAGCAAAUGCAAGAAAUUUAACUCUCCAAGCAAAAGGUACUGUUUCCGUUGCUGGGCCCUGAGGAAGAAUUGGUAUUCAGACUGCCCCAGGCUCUCUCAUUCCCUCUCCAUGUCAGACAUCACUGCCAUCCCCCGGAAGGGGGAAGAUGAAGGAAUUGACGUCCCCGACUGCCGAAGAACUAUCUCUGCCCCAGUCGUCCGAGCCAGAGACCCCUACGCCGUGCGAGACAAACCCAGACCGGAUCCCUGUGGCUCGGUGGAAUUCUUGGAUUUGGCCGAGGGCUCGGAGAGCCAGGAGACCGCCUCGAGCCUGGGAGAACAGUCCGACCAUCUCUGCGAACAGAAGGCAGACGGGGCAGCCCUGGAGGAUUCCCAGAACCUGCUAGAGCUCUGCAGCCUGUGUGAAAAGAGGCUACGGGAUGGGAACAUUGUCCAUGGGAGGACAGCUCAUCUCGUUGCGUGUUUUCGCUGUGCCAAAAAAUUGAAGAAGGGUGGAGCUCCUUGCCCCGUCUGUAAGAAAGACAUCCAGAUGGUGAUCAAGACCUUCGUGGUGUAGUUGAGGUGCUGGGCUGCAGAGAAAUGGUAACCGGUCAGGGAAGCGCCCCCCCUCACUUUAAUGACCAGAAACGUAGCCACAACCCACUCUCCCUCCCCGCUGCGAUUCAUUUUACACCCCGUCACCCCCCAACCGUAUGAUUGUUGACUUCUCCACUCACUUGGAAUUGGGCAAACGGAAAGGCUUCAGGAACCGUGUCCGCUCUGAGUGGGUCUGAACCGGCAAACGAUCCUAAUUAUUCAGUCUGAAAGUGCAGUUUGACUUCAGUUGUCUGGAUGUUUCAGGCCAGAAGCCAAAAAAAAAAUACUUUGACUCAAAGUACCAAGUCAGAUCACGAAAACCACUUGGAAGGAUUCUCUUUCAGUGUUUCCCUUUCAACACCGUUUAUCCUCUAAUGUACCAUAACAGAAGGAAUCUCUUUAUCCUCUUUCUACCUCUGUCUCAGCAGCCAUAAACGGUCCCCCCCCUAUUUUUUAUUUUUAUUUAAGGCAUAAAUCUCAAGACAUCAUUGCAGCGAAAUAACCUGAAUACUGAGUAACUUAGGCCCCAUGGUACAGCUGGGCCCAGUUCAGAUAUUUUGGGAAAAAGCGACAACUCUUGAAGGGAACUCUCUAGGCAAACCUGUCCAACAUGUUAAGUUUACAGGCCCAACUCAGUGAGAUCCUGCAGCCAGCCCUGGUCCCUCCCUUCAGUAAGGAGAUGUUCACUUCAGCUGGUUUCAUCUGUAUUGCUUAGGUCCUGUAGCUGUGGAACCAGUAUAAGCCAUUCUCCUGGUACCAUAUGAGUCCACCUCCCCUUUGUUUUGUAGCCACUGUUUUUGUUCUAGUAUUUGAAUCGAGUGGUAUUUCCCCCGAAUGGGGAAAGAACGAUUAGACCAACUUUGAGAGAUGUAUUCCUGUGGCAGGUUGCGCUGCUCUGAAAUUGCUUUGAGUUCACAUGUAAGCCAGGGUCUACGAGACAAUGAAUGGAGGAGAGCUCUUGAAUAGGAAGAGGCUUGUUUUACCAUUUCUUGGGUGGUCCCUAAAAGCAAGUUCUGGUGUGUGCCAGGUUGUAGACGCAGUCAGGUAACUGGAGCCCUGGAGUUCUUUCCUCUUCUAGCCCAGCAAGGUGUUCCAAAGUGCAUUUUCUGACUCCUCACUCUCCUUUCUGCGGAUGACAGCCUAUAAAUGUUCCCAUGGGAAUUGUGACCCAAAAGCCUAUUAUGCGAACCCGAAAUCAACUCUUGAAUUUGGUCCCUACCACUCCAGGCAGUUGGCUUCCUUUUGGAGGAACCCCGAGAUCAGGAGCUGUGUGUCCAGAAACCAAAGAACAGUAAUCCCCCCCCAACACUUCUCCCCUGGAAUGUGUUCUCCUCUCUUGGGUUUUUGCUUUGUAUGCUCCUUGGGAAUUUCCCAAGGAGGCUGAGACGGGGGACCAGGGAGUUGGACUUGGACUUAGUGUCCUGCCUCUAUAAAAUCACAAAUAGCCAAAUAAUUCAGAAUAUAUGUGUCUCCUGAGCUAGCUCUAGGUUAUAUCCCUUCAGCUGAGAUCCAUUAUAAAAAUCCCUGACGCCUCUGUUGGUCUUUGCUUUCACGUGACCCUUCGUCAUCAUCGUCUCCUUCCCCUCCACCCCCCCCCAGGUUCUGCACAGUCUUGUCCUAACGAGGCCCCCAAAUAUGCAGUUGAACUAAGUCCAAACUCUUAGCUGUAGGAGGCUCUUAACCAUCAAGGUGAUCUCUUUUUUCUUUUUCCUUGUCUUCUAUUUUUUUCCCAGCAAUUAAAACUGUACUAUGUUAGGGCCAGGUAACCCUCCUCUAUCACCUCCUUCUUCAUCCAGGCCUGACUUGGCUUGAUUCAGUCUUAGCUUUGGGAAAUGGGGCUGGAGUUUCUUUCAUUGUCCCCUGGCCCCCUACUUCUUUCAUAGGUUCCUGGGAGGGAAUAGAGCCCAUCAAAACCCUUCCCACUGCCUCUGUCUAGUUCAUCUUGAGAAGUUUGUGGGAGAAAGCUGAUUAUCCAAACUAACUGGGACUGAAGCUAGUCCAGAUAAUCCAAAGUGCAUUCAACUUUGUCUAGUUGUCCAGACUUUUUUUCCUUCCCAGUUUUCCAAACCUUGGUGUGGGUGACCAGUGAGUUUAGAUAGUUGUCAUGUGGUUAGUCACUGGACACAGCAUCCUGAACUUGGGGCUGUGAGUUUUUACUUUUCUGUGUUCCAUCAAAGGUGGUUCUUUUAAAUUGUCCCAUUCAUCUUUAGCUACUUGAUCUUAAGUAUGAAAGACAAAUCUGAUUUCACCAACUCUCUUCUUAAAGUAACCACUUUAUUCCCUCAUAGGUAAAAUGGAGCCUCCCAGCAUUAUCAUUUCUCCGCACUGGAUUUAGGGGAUUUUAAAGCAUAAAAAACCAGAAUUAUCACUGCCAGUGACCGAGUCACCACUGUAAAGUUUGCAACUAUAUAUUUAAUGUUUGUUUGUGUUGUAUGUUGUGUAGUAUGUAGCCGAACUAUGAUUUUAGCAGUCGUUUGUUUCUCUGACCAAAUAGCUUUGAUUUCCCUUGACGCUGAACCAUAUUCAUAUCAACCAUUCAUUAUCAAGAAAGUAGCAUUGUUGAUGAAUAUAUGGCAGGUGAACUGUAGACCUUGAACUGAAUAGAAAAAAGCAUUUUAGAGGUGACUUCCAUGUACCAUAUGAGUUCUUUCCUUUCCCACUUUGUGUACCAGCAAAUUCACUAUGUGUGUACGAUUCUGAAAGCACUUGUUUGGAUACUGUGAAUCGUGUAUUCUCCGAUCUAUUUUUGAAAGCCCGAUUGUUUGAAAACGUUAGAAAUUAUUCCUAUCAGUGCCUAUCAAGAGGAAUUAUGUUAAUAAGCUAAAUCAACUAAUUGCUUGUAUUUACUGAGCGCUCAGUUUGUGGAGUGCACUGUAUUAAACAGCUCGUGUCAUCACAA